ACACGGCAAAGCUACUGAGAGCUUAGAGAGGGAUAUACUCCGUACAAGGUAGUAGGAAAUCAGACACGUGGAAACAUGUCUGGGAAACCAAGGCUGCACUAUGUCAAUGCACGUGGCCGAAUGGAACCCAUACGGUGGCUACUGGCAGCCGCCGGAGUUGAGUUUGAAGAAGCCUUUCUGGAAACAAAGGAUGACCUGAAAAAGUUGCAGACAAAUGGAGACCUUCUGUUCCAGCAAGUGCCCAUGGUGGAGAUCGAUGGGAUGAAGAUGGUGCAGACCAGGGCCAUCCUCAACUACAUUGCAGGGAAAUACAAUCUCUACGGGAAAGACCUGAAGGAGAGAGCACUAAUUGAUAUGUAUGUGGAAGGAUUAGCAGAUCUGAAUGAGUUAAUCUCGAGCAAUUUCUUCCAACCAGCGGAUAAAAAGGAAGAACAUCUCGCGACUGUUAUGGACAAGGCUGCAACCAGAUACUUCCCGGUCUAUGAGAAGGUUUUGAAAGGCCACGGACAAGACUUUCUUGUUGGCAACAAGCUUAGCAGAGCAGAUGUGCAGUUACUUGAAAUUAUUUUAUUGGUAGAAGAGUCCAAGCCUGAUAUACUUGCCAAAUUUCCUCUCUUGCAGAGUUUUAAAGCAAAAACAAGCAAUAUCCCCAACAUAAAGAAAUUCCUGCAGCCUGGCAGCCAGAGGAAACAACCCAUCCAAGAAAAAGAUAUACCAAGACUGAUGCAAAUUUUCCAUUGAGCAGCAACCCAAACCCACAGAAACCCUAUUUCAUUUUGUCUGUAUUUGCUGAUAAUAGAAAAGUAAAAUUAAUGAAAAUAGUUUUUCGAUUACUCUUCAGCCUACUGCAGACACAUUCGAAGUGAAUCUACAAGAACACACCAGGAAAUAAAAUCAUUAACUGAACUAGGGGCUACACCGUAUGAAAUAAAUUGUCUAAAAUACUUAAGAGAUUACCUGAAAUAAAGUCUCACUAUUUACAUUUUUAAAA